AUGAACGAUGGCAAAACCAAGAUUUCCAAACUCUUUGGUGGCAAACGGGUGGAUUUCUGUCACAAUCCCACCGCCAUGGCGCACGACGACGAUUAUUUCGGCUUUGUGGGAGACUUGUCGCAAGCGGGAACCCAAAAAUUGGGUCGCAUCACCACCGAAGUCAAUGCACUGGUGGCGCAUUUGAAAGCCGCCCUCAGCGCAGUCGGUAAGCGUGGAGUGGUGGUGCAUAUCGCUCAUUCCCAAGGAGCCUUGGUGACGGCCUUGGCGGUACGACAAUUGACUCUUGUGGAAAUGAAUCGAUUGGAAAUUAUUGCCUUUGGAGGAGCUACUGCCUUGGUGAUCACUCCUACCACACCGUUUCGACGGUGUGUCAAUUACUACGCCGCCAAUGAUCCAUUGCUAUUGUUAGUACCCGCGGCGCAAGAAGCCUUGCGAUCGGGAUUUGUCGGAAGCGACGAAUAUUGUUUCUUGGCACCCCGGGAAGGCGAUCCCAUGGCCGAUCACGGAUUGUUGGGAUUGACAUAUGGGCGAGCAUUGGAAUGGGAGGGACUCCGGUUUCAACGCAAAUAUCAAUCGCCCGUCUAUCGAGCCACCCGCACGUUGAUUGUCUGGUGGAUGGCCGUGCUGCAACUACUGUACACGCGAGUGGUACAGGGGCUGCUCGUACGACCACUCUUGUGGUGGUGCAGGACCAAUUAUCAAUCCGUCGUCAUGCUGCGAGAGCUUUUCAAGAGUCGCAUUCUGCCUCCCAUUCUGAUUGCGGCGCUGGUGGUGGCGGAUUUUGUGGUGGCCACGUGGGGGCGCCUCACGGGACAACAAGAAUACUUGCCAGCCAACAACCUUUUGCUGGUGAAGAAGAAACAACGACAACAAAACAGCAGAAAAAUAGAAACGGUCGCCAAGAGAUGA